AUGACAAAGGAAAAAAACACCGGGGCGCAAUCGCUCCGGGUUCAUUUUGGGGGGGGCGAUCGGCCCGCCAUUAUUGAAGGUCGCUAUGCCAAUCGCCAUGGCUUAAUCGCCGGCGCCACCGGCACCGGAAAAACCGUCACCCUGCAGGUGCUGGCCGAAGGCUUCUCGCGACUGGGCGUGCCGGUGUUUUUGGCCGACGUGAAAGGCGACCUGAGCGGCUUGGCCGCGGCUGGCAAAGCCAGCAAAGGCGUCACUGGCAGAGUUGAGAAAAUUGGCCUCACUGAGCACUCCCUGGAACCCUCACCGGUGGUGUUUUGGGACCUGUACCAGAAAAGCGGUCAUCCGCUGCGCACCACGAUCAGCGAAAUUGGACCGGUGCUGCUGGCACGGCUGCUGGAGCUUAACGACACCCAGGAAGGCGUGCUCAAUGUCGCUUUCACGGUGGCUGAUGACGAAGGCCUGGCGCUGUUGGAUCUGAAAGACCUGCGCUCCCUGCUGAAUUUUGUUGGUGAAAACCGCAAUGACAUCUCACUACGUUACGGCCAUGUAACCACCGCAUCGCUGGGCGCCAUUGCCAGGCGCCUGCUGACCCUUGAGCGAGCAGGCGGCGAGAAUUUCUUUGCUGAGCCGGCUUUAGAUCUGGCCGACCUGAUGGUGCGCAAUGAUGCGGGCCGCGGCGUAAUCAACGUCCUGGAUGCCCGUCAGCUGAUCAUGAAUCCCAGGCUCUACAGCACGUUUUUGCUGUGGCUGCUGGCCGAGCUGUUUGAAGAACUGCCUGAAAAGGGAGACCUGGAAAAACCCGAGAUCGUGUUCUUCUUUGACGAGGCCCACCUCCUGUUUGACGACCCCCCCAAAGCGCUGUUGGAUCAGGUUGAACAGGUCGUGCGGUUGAUCCGCUCCAAGGGUGUAGGCAUCUACUUUGUGACUCAAAAUCCCCAGGAUGUUCCCGACGACGUGCUUGGACAGCUGGGUAACCGGGUGCAGCACGCGCUACGGGCCUUUACGCCCCGGGAUCAAAAGGUCGUUCGUGCAGCAGCCCAGACCUUUGUGCCUAAUCCGGACCUGGAUACUGAAGCGGUGCUGACUCAGUUGGGCGUGGGCGAGGCCCUGGUAUCAACGCUGCGCGACGGCGGCGUGCCCACGAUGGUGGAUCGCUGUCUGAUUGCCCCACCCCACUCCCGUAUGGGUCCACUUAAAAAGACGGAACGCAAAGCGGUGUUUGACGCCAGCGCGGUGGGUGACAAAUACAACAAGACCAUUGAUCGAGAAUCCGCCUUCGAGCGGUUGGCUGAGCGGGCCGAGCAACGUGUCAAAGCGGCUGAAAAGGCGGCGGCUAAAUCGGCAAAGAAAAAAUCGUCACCGUCAAAAAAGCGCAGCAGCGGUGGGCGGCGACGACAGUCCGGGCUGGAAAAAGCCGUGAAAUCGGCCGCCCGAUCCAUGGGAACAUCGUUGGGGCGCACAAUUUUGCGAGGCAUACUCGGGGCGUUCACCCGAGGACGCUAA